GGGGAUUAUCGUCUAGGCUAUUUCGCUGUUCGCCUUCUACCAAAAUACUUGCUGGUGGGCCGUCGUCAUCGUCUGUAUGGCGUGGGUUGAGUUCGACGGUUUCUUGAAUAUCUUGCUCUUGAUCAUCUAUAGGAUCGUAGUGCGAUCUUCUAGAAUUCAUUAGCAUAUUUAAUAUUGGUGUGCUGAAAUCCAUUGUGAUGGUUGAUAAGCAGCUUUCGUUAUAACAACCAAGAUGUCACGUCUGAUCGUCAAAGGUUUACCAACGACUGCAGAUAACAACGCAUUAAGAACGCACUUUGGUAGCAGGGGUGCUACCAUCACAGACGCUAAAGUCGUUUUCAAGAAAGGCACAGCUGUCGGUACAAGUAAAGGCAAAUCUCGUGGUUUCGGUUUCGUUGGUUUCAAAUCCCCAGAAGAAGCCAAAGAAGCUUUGCAUUUCUUCAACAAAACCUACUGGGGGACUUCUAAGCUAGAAAUUGAAAUCGUAGAGGAUAACAAAUCUAUACAAGAGCAGCUCCAAGAUGGAAAAGCUCUUAAAGCCAAACGCAGGAGAAAAGAAGGCAAAGAAUCUGACAGCGAGGAGGAAGAAUCAAACAAGAGAGUAAAAGUACUCAAACCAGUUCACCUGAAAGCCAUUGAGAUGCAGAAGGCAAAAAACAAAGCAACCAAAAACUCAGAUUCUGAGCAAGAAGGUGGUGAUGACAAUACUGAAAUGUCGGAUUUGGAGUACAUGCGCGCAAAAAUGAAGAGACGCCACAUUCCAGAAGAAACUGAUGAGGCGCCUAAAGAAGAAACUCCACAAGAGACGACCCAGGAUGCUGAAGCGCGUAAACAAGCCGAGGUUAUCGACCAAGUCAUGGAAACUGCCCGUAUUUUCCUCCGUAAUUUACCAUUCAGCUGUACAGAGGAUGAUCUUAAAACUGAAUUCUCUAAGUAUGGUGUCGUCAACCAAGCACAUGUACCUCUCAGCAACGACUCUAAGACACCUAUGGGAGUUGCUUAUAUAUCUUUCGCGUCACCAAAUGCUGCAGUCGCCGCAUUCAGGGCGGCUGAUGGUUCCAUCUUCCAAGGAAGAUUGUUGCAUGUUUUGCCAGCCGUAAACAAGCGUCCACCACAGGAUCUAUCGAAAGCAAGCUUCAAAAAGCUUCGUAACAAGGACAGAAAAGAAGGUGCCGAAAGUAGAGAGUUUAGUUGGUCUGGUUUAUAUAUGAAUGCAGACGCAGUUGUCAGCUCCCUUGCAGCCAGACUCAACGUUGAGAAAGCAGAGAUACUCAGCUCAGAUUCUUCAUCUAAUCCUGCCGUCAAGGUAGCCUUGGCUGAGACUCAUGUCAUCAACGAGACUAAAGGAUUUUUGAAAGAGCAAGGUGUCAAUCUAGAUGCAUUUUCACCAGAAAACAGAGGUCCUAGAUUGGAGAACACAUUGCUCAUUAAGAAUAUUCCAUUCGGUACGAGUGUCGAUGAUCUUGAUGAAAUGUUCAGGCCAUGUGGUGAGAUCAGCAGAUUACUUCUUCCGCCAGCUGGCACUAUCGCCAUUAUCGAGUACUUGCUCCCCAACGAUGCUCGCACAGCAUUUAAAAAACUAGCAUAUAAAAGAGUAGGAAACUCUGUACUCUAUCUCGAAAAAGCACCAAAUGGAAUGUGGGCUAAAGAUGCACCAUCUGGCGCAAUUGCAGCAGGUGGACCUAAACCAGUUGAGGUUGUUGACAAGGAGACUCCAACUGACAAGGUCGCUGCUGGAGAGGAGGAAGCAGCCAGUACAUUGUUCAUCAAGAAUAUCGCUUUCAGCACCCCAGAAGCAAAAUUGGCAUCAAUUUUCUCUUCCCUUUCGGGAUACAGAUAUGCUAGAAUCCAAACGAAGCCUGAUCCAAAGAGUGCCGCGAACCGACUCAGCAUGGGAUAUGGAUUCGUCGGUUUUGAUAAUGAAGAGCAUGCAAAGGAUGCACUGGCAAGUAUGCAAAAGUAUGUCCUUGAUGGUCAUUCUCUACAAGUUAAAUUCGCUCAACGUGGCAAAGACUCCGAACCUGGUGCUGCAAUGGGUCAAACGAAGACUACAAAGAUGUUGGUCAAGAACGUGCCGUUCGAGGCUUCAAAGAAGGAUAUCAGGGAGUUGUUCGGUAUGCAUGGUCAACUGAAAUCUGUAAGAUUACCACGCAAAUUCGACAGGAAGACACGUGGUUUCGCUUUCUUGGACUUUGUUACUAGAAGGGAUGCUGAGAUUGCAUAUGAGAGUUUGAAACAUACACAUUUGCUUGGUCGUCACUUGGUAUUACAAUGGGCUGACGAUGCUGCAAUCAACGACAUAGACGCACUUAGAGAAAAGACAGCAUCAUCACGUUCAACCAACAUGCCAACUAACAAAACGAAAUUCGUUGGACCUGAAGGACUUGCACUUGAGGAACUCAGUGAUUAGAAU